AUGGGUCGUAAAAAAAUCAAAAUCCAACCCAUCAAGGAUGAUCGUAAUCGUCAGGUCACAUUUCUGAAACGAAAGCAAGGUCUCAUGAAAAAGGCUUAUGAAUUAAGUGUGUUGUGUGAUUGUGAGAUUGCCUUGAUCAUUUUUAAUUCGAGCGGCAAGUUGGUGCAGUACGCAAGUACCGAGAUUGACAAGAUUCUCCUCAAGUAUACUGAUGUAAGCUCGCUUGUGCACGCAACUUGCUAUUGUUACUGCGGUUAA